GAAGCAGAGAAGAGCCAAUCAGAGGAGGAGCAGCUGGUCUUUUUCCAGCUCUAAUGAUGUAAAGGAUGAUCAGAGCUGAUGAAUGAUGUGUGUUUCCUCUGCAGGUGAAGCCAGAAAGUGUGUGUGAGCUGAAGUGAAUUCAGCAGCAUGGAUCAGUGUGAGGACAGAGAGGAGGGAGUCCCUCCCUCUAAAACCACUCUGUGUGGGGAAGAUGGGAGCCAGAGCAAAGGUCAGAGGAUCCGCCUGAGGCUCAGAUCUGAAAAUGUUCCUGAAACAUCUGUGUUGUUAAAGAGUGAAGGAUUAGAAAACAGUUCCAAUGACUUUCAGUCCAGCCAACCAUCUGCUGCUGAAAGAGUUUUACAGAGAUGUUCUGGAAGAAUCCAUCAAAAACAAAACUGUGCAGAUGAGCCUGAACCCAGCUGUUUGUCCUUUAAAAGCAAUGUAUCAAAGGACAUGGGCAUAUUCUUUAACACUUCUGGAUCACCAUCAUCAGAAAGGGCCCAUCAGAAGCUCAGAGUUACACAUGAACCAGAACCCAGUGGUGUGUCCCUUAAGAGCAACACGUCAAAAGACAUGGGUGUAUUCUUUAAUUCAUCCCUACCUGAACCAUCAGAGAGAGUGGACCAGCAGAGCUCAGAGGUUCCCAGUGGUCCGUCUGCCCAGCAGCAUCAAACACAGCUGGACUCCAUAUUUAUGCUGCUGGAGGAAAACAUUGUCACUUUUGUGAAGAACGAGCUGAAGAAGAUCCAGAAGGUUCUGAGUCCAGAUGAUCCAGAAUGCUCAGAGAGUCAGAGAGAUGAUGAGGAGGAGUUGGAAGGUGAGGAUGAAGAGCAGAGGAAGAGCAGCAGAGAGGCAGUGAUGAAGAUCACACUGAACUUCCUGAGGAGGAUGAAGCAGGAGGAGCUGGCUGACCGUCUGCAGAGCAAGCAUCUUGCUGCAGUUGGUCAACAUCAACUUAAAUCUGGUCUGAAGAAGAAGUUCCAGUCUGUGUUUGAGGGAAUCGCUAACGCAGGAAGUCCAACCCUUCUGAACCAGAUCUACACAGAGCUCUACAUCACAGAGGGAGGGACUGGAGAGGUCAAUGAUGAACAUGAGGUCAGACAGAUUGAAGCAGCAUCCAGGAAACCACACAGACCAGAAACAACAAUCAGACAAGAAGACAUCUUUAAAGUCCCACCUGGAAGAGAUCAACCAAUCAGAACAGUGAUGACAAAGGGAGUGGCUGGCAUUGGGAAAACUGUCUUAACACAGAAGUUCACUCUGGACUGGGCUGAAGACAAAGCCCACCAGAACAUCCAGCUCAUAUUUCCGUUCACCUUCAGAGAGCUGAAUGUGCUGAGAGAGAAAAAGUUCAGCUUGGUGGGACUGAUUCAUCACUUCUUUACUGAAACCAAAGAAAUCUGCAGCUUUGAACACUUCCAGGUUCUGUUCAUCUUUGAUGGCCUGGAUGAGAGUCGACUUCCUCUGGACUUCCACAACAAGGAGAUCCUGACUGAUGCUACAGAGUCCAGCUCAGUGGAUGUUCUGCUGACAAACCUCAUCAGGGGGAAACUGCUUCCCUCUGCUCUCCUCUGGAUAACCACAAGACCUGCUGCAGCCAAUCAGAUCCCUCCUGAGUGUGUUGGCAUGGUGACAGAGGUCAGAGGGUUCAAUGACCCCCAGAAGGAGGAGUAUUUCAGGAAGAGAUUCAGAGAUGAGCAGCAGGCCAGCAGGAUCAUCUCCCACAUGAAGACGUCACGAAGCCUCCACAUCAUGUGCCACAUCCCAGUCUUCUGCUGGAUCACUGCUACAGUUCUGGAGGAUGUGAUGGAGACCAGAGACCGAGGAGAGCUGCCCAGAACCCUGACUGAGAUGUACAUCCACUUCCUGGUGGUUCAGACCAAAGUGAAGAAGGUCAAAUUUGAUGGAGGAGCUGAAACAGAUCCACACUGGAGUCCAGAGAGCAGGAAGAUGAUCGAGUCUCUGGGAAAACUGGCUUUUGAUCAGCUGCAGAAAGGAAACCUGAUCUUCUAUGAAUCAGACCUGACAGAGUGUGGCAUCGAUAUCAGAGCAGCCUCAGUGUACUCAGGAGUGUUCACACAGAUCUUUAGAGAGGAGAGAGGGCUGUACCAGGACAAGGUGUUCUGCUUCAUCCAUCUGAGUGUUCAGGAGUUUCUGGCUGCUCUUCAUGUUCAUCUGACCUUCAUUGACUCUGGGGUCAAUCUAAUGGAAGAGAAACAACCAUCCAAAUUGUGUUCAUAUUUUAAAAAAACUAAAUUAAAGUCUCUCCAUCAGAGAGCUGUUGACCAGGCCUUACAGAGUCCAAAUGGACACCUGGACUUGUUCCUCCGUUUCCUCCUGGGACUUUCACUGCAGACCAAUCAGAGACUCCUACAAGGUCUGAUGACACAGACAGGAAGUAGCUCUCAGACCAAUCAGAAAACAGUUCAAUACAUCAAGGAGAAGAUCAGUGAGAAUGAGUCUGCAGAGAAAAGCAUCAAUCUGUUCCACUGUCUGAAUGAACUGAAUGAUCGUUCUCUAGUGGAGGAGAUCCAACAGUCUCUGAGUUCAGGAAGUCUCUCCACAGAUAAACUGUCUCCUGCUCAGUGGUCAGCUCUGAUCUUCAUCUUAGUGUCAUCAGGAAAAGAUCUGGAUGUGUUUGACCUGAAGAAAUACUCUGCUUCAGAGGAGGCUCUUCUGAGGCUGCUGCCAGUGGUUAAAGCCUCCAACAAAGCUCUACUGAGUGGCUGUAACCUGUCAGAGAGAAGCUGUGAAGCUCUGUCCUCAGCUCUCAGCUCCCAGUCCUCCAGUCUCAGAGAACUGGACCUGAGUAACAACGACCUGCAGGAUUCAGGAGUGAAGCUUCUCUCUGCUGGACUGGAGAGUCCAAACUGCAAACUCGAAACUCUCAGGUUGAGUGGAUGUAACCUCUCAGAGAAAAGCUGUCAAGCUUUGUCCUCAGCCCUCAGGUCCCAGUCCACUACUGUUACAACACUGGACUUGAGUAAUAACAAUCUGAAGGAUUCUGGAGUGCAGCUUCUGUUACAUGGACUGGAGAGUUCAAAUCACAGCCUGAAGACCCUUAGACUGAGUUGCUGCAACCUGUCAGAGAGAAGCUGUGAAGCUCUGUCCUCAGCUCUCAGCUCCCAGUCCUCCAGUCUCAGAGAACUGGACCUGAGUAACAACGACCUGCAGGAUUCAGGAGUGAAGCUUCUCUCUGCUGGACUGGAGAGUCCAAACUGCAAACUAGAAAUUCUCAGACUGAGUGACUGUAACCUCUCAGAGAGAAGCUGUGAAGCUCUGUCCUCAGUUCUCAGCUCCCAGUCCUCCAGUCUCAGAGAACUGGACCUGAAAAACAAUAGUUUGAAGGAUUCGGGAGUGAAGCUUCUAUCUGAUGGACUAAAGAGUCCAUACUGCAAACUAGAGAAACUAACUUUGUCAGGCUGCCUGAUCACAGAAGUCGGCUGUGCUUCUCUGGUAUCAGCACUCAAAUCAAACCCCCAUCACCUUCAAGAGUUGGAUUUGAGCUACAACCAUCCAGGUGACUCAGGAGUGAAUAUGCUUUUGGCUGGACUGAAAGAUCCACAAUGGAGACUUGAAACGCUAAGGGUGGAGCCUGCUGGUAACAGAUAUUUAAAACCAGGUCCAUGGAGGUAUGCUUGCCAGCUGACAUUUGACCGAGACACAAUAAACCAAAAUUUCCAACUGUCAAACGACGACAGGAAGGUGACAGAUAUGCAGGAGGCUCCCUCAGACCCUGAUGAUCUAGAAAGAAGAAAUAUUCCUCAGCUGCUGUGUAGAAAUGCUAUCAAAGGUCGUUGUUAUUGGGAGGCUGAGUGGAGAGGAAAAAUAGAGAUAUCAGUAACUUAUCGAGGAAUCCGAAGAAGAGGACUUACUAAUGACUCUGUGUGUGGAAAGAGUGACGAUUCCUGGAGUUUGAGCUGCUCUGAUGACGGUUACACUGUCAGUCAUUAUAAGAACAGAAAACUCCUCUCAUCAUCCUCUUUUUCCGUUGUCUCUAACAGAGUAGCAGUGUAUGUGGACUGUCCUGCUGGCAGCCUGUCGUUUUACAGAGUUUCCUCCGACUCUCUGAUCCACAUCCACACCUUCAACACCACAUUCACUGACACCUUGUAUCCUGGAUUUACAGUCCUACCAGGUUCCUCAGUGUUACUGAGUUGAGUAUUCAUUUCCUGCCUACCAUACUUGAUGGUUGACAUACAAAUUGUUAAUUUGUUUUCGAGUCAAGUUACUGCAGUUGUGACAUAUUUAGGUUUUGAGGUCCAAAUGAGUGACACACCUUCCUCAGCCAGUUCUUUGCAAGUUAAGGCUAUAUGUAGACUGAUAACAAAUGAAGAACUCGACAACUUAUGAUAAUGCUGAAAAUGUUGUCAGGAUGAUUUAUAAAUGAAAAUACUAUGUGGUUAUUUAUUUUGUAAUAGGGAUCAGAAUUAUAUAUCUGUAAACUACAUUUUACAUAAACAACAGUCCUGUCUUGACUUCACUUGUAUUGUUGAAUGAUCUGUUCCCACUUGUGUUUUAUUGUAGGAUGUUGACUUCUGAUGCUUGCACUUUCUCUGUUCAUCAUGAAUAUAUGUGCAGUGCUAUAAAAAUGAAAUACAGAACAGA